CUCAGUUUAAUAAGGCUCAAGAAGUGUAUGAAGUUUUACUUCUUCAGACAACAAAUGAGAGUGACAAGGCACCUAUUUAUAAUCAACUAGGUAUGAUCAAACGUAAUCAAAGAGAAUAUCCAGAAGCACUUACAUUUUAUAAAAAAUCACUUGCUAUCUAUCAGAAAACACUUCCUCUCAAUCAUCGUAAUCUGGCUAUGUCCUAUAACAACAUCGGUGUGGUGUAUGAAAGCAUGGGUGAUUAUCCAAAAGCACUUUCUUAUUAUGAGAAAGAUCUUGCAAUUCUACAAGAAUCACUUCCUUCUAAUCAUCCGGAUUUGGGUUGUUCCUAUAACAACAUCGGUAAUGUGUAUCGCAACAUGGGUGAUUAUCCCAAAGCACUUUCUUAUUAUGAGAAAGAUCUUGCAAUUCUACAACAAUCACUUCCUUUCAAUCAUCCUGAUUUGGGUAUGUCCUAUAACAACAUCGGUAUUAUAUAUAAAGACAUGGGUGAUUAUCCAAAAGCACUUUCUUAUUAUGAAAAAGCCUUGAAAUUCGACAACAAUCACUUCCUUCUAAUCAUCCUGUUUUGGGUGCUUCCUAUGACAGCAUGGGUUUAG